CUCUACUUUCAAUUCUCCCGCGAACCCCAUUAUUGAGCUGCUGCAUAUUCGUGUCUCGAUUUCUUAUUAGGUUCUGAUUCCGUGAUUCUGUCACUGUUCCAUGGAGUUCAGCUCUUCAUAACUCCUUUUCCCUGUUGUGAUACGUGUUUAAGUUUCCUGAAAUUCAAUUUUUUUUCUUUCAACUUCUUGUUGAAACUCUGUUACUUAGUUGAAACAGCUUUUGCUCCUCCUGCGUUUAUAGAAAAACACGUCUGAAAAAUCAUAAUCUUAGGAAUCUGUGUUCCUAAAAUUCUAGGGUUUACCUUCCGAAGACCGAAAUAGAAGUAUGAUUCCUCUAUCUCAUUGUUUUAUUUGUGUAUAAAUUUACUCGUUUGCUUCUCUUCGUUCUUAAUUCAAUGGUCCAGAGAACGAUAGAUAACGAACUCUGAUGUCUACGAAUUGAAAUUCAGACCUUGUGAGAGGAUUAAAUAGUCUUUUGUGUCUCUACCUUAUAGUUAAGUUUUUGUAUAUUUUCGUUUAUUAAUGGCUUCCGUUGGAAACCUGGUUCAUCUUUCGGCUCCUCGUUCUCGAAUUUCGUCUCUGUAUUUGUCUUCGAAUAGGCAUCCUCCUAAUUCUAUUGUUCUCAAGAACCGCUCGGUUGUUCCCCAAGCCUCACGUCUCGCAUUCUUAUCGCUGCCAGAGAAUAAAAGCAACUCUUCUGCUCCAACUGAGUUCUCUGGCAAGUUUCUGAGGUUUUCUGGUUCAAAUCCAUUGUUGAGAAGACAUCGUCCCGUAACAUUCCCGGUCGUCUCUACCGCUGCAGCUGCUGACGGUCGUGAAGUUGAAACUUCAAGCGGGCUUAACAAGCCUUCCAAGGGUUUUUGUGAGAAGUAUCCAGCACUUGUUACUGGCUUCUUUUUUUUCAUGUGGUAUUUCUUGAAUGUCAUCUUCAAUAUUCUCAACAAGAAGGUCUAUAACUAUUUUCCAUAUCCAUACUUUGUUUCUGUUGUGCAUCUACUAGUUGGAGUAGGAUACUGUCUUGUAAGCUGGGCUAUUGGCCUGCCAAAACGUGCUCCAAUUGAUAAGGAUCUCUUAGCACUCCUCACGCCGGUUGCUUUCUGCCACGCCCUUGGACAUGUAAUGUCAAAUGUCUCAUUUGCAGCUGUUGCUGUUUCUUUUACACACACAAUCAAAGCGCUGGAGCCCUUUUUCAAUGCUGCUGCUUCACAGUUCAUUUUAGGUCACCGGAUUCCAUUAGCCUUAUGGCUAUCAUUGGCCCCUGUUGUUAUUGGUGUAUCUAUGGCAUCGUUGACUGAACUUUCUUUCAACUGGACUGGUUUCAUUAGUGCAAUGAUUUCCAACAUUGCAUUCACCUACAGAAGUAUCUAUUCAAAGAAAGCAAUGACAGGAAUGGACAGCACAAAUGUAUAUGCAUAUACAUCAAUAAUUGCCCUCUUCUUUUGUAUCCCACCAGCAAUCCUCAUUGAGGGACCCCAGUUGAUGCAACAUGGAUUUAGUGAUGCGAUUGCUAAAGUUGGCAUCUUUAAGUUCCUGUCAGAUCUUUUCUGGAUCGGGAUGUUUUACCAUCUUUACAAUCAGCUUGCUACUAACACUUUAGAACGGGUUGCACCACUUACACAUGCAGUUGGGAACGUGUUGAAACGUGUCUUUGUGAUAGGAUUCUCCAUUGUAGUAUUUGGAAAUAAGAUCUCCACACAGACAGGGAUUGGCACAGCUAUAGCAAUUGCUGGUGUUGCUAUUUAUUCUUUAAUCAAAGCAAAUAUGGAAGAAAAGAAACGUGACAUAUAUGUAGAAAAAGGUUCACAUCUUGGAUCAAAAGGCUGCUACAACUACUGACUCGUAAGAGUACCAUGUUCAUCGACUUCAAUCCUACUGACUUGAAGAAUCCUGUAUUUUAUUGGGGGCCAAUAAAAAAAAAUCCUAAGAUGUAAGGUGGGAUCACUUAAAUUUUGAUUUCCAUUCUGUUUCUCUUAUAAAAAAGAAAUAACAGCUUUGGUGUUUGGUCUCAUGAUCGUCAUUUUCUUUCAUGGGCAUAAGCAUUCGAACUUUCAGGAAGAAAAUGAGGACUGAGAUAAGCAACAUUACCUUUACGUCUGACUCGUUGGUUGGUUUUUACA